AUGCUCUCGUGGCUCUCCGGCGUCGCCGACGACAUUGCCGCCACCUUUGACUCGCCGUCGCGCCCACGACGCCGCCCGGCAACCUCAUCCUCUCAGUCUGGGCACUCUUCAACGGCAUCGAGCAACAGCUACGAGACUGACACGCCAGCAGCGUUUCUGGCCUCGCUGCCCAACGCAGCCCGCGCACUGGCAUCAGCUGCGCCGCAGUCGACAACAGCAACAGCAGUAGGGAACAGCCGCAAGCAAGCGGCGCUUCUGGAGCUCCGGGCCUCGGCCAGGCUUGAUAUGGCGCUGGCCGAGAUUCGGUUUCUGUCUGCACAAGCCGAGGCGGCGAGUGCCCGAGCGGGCGCAGCCGAGGCGCGGGCCGAGGCAGCGGCGAUCGAAGCAGCGAGCGCCCAGGCCGAGGCCAACGCGGCGCGGGCCGACGCGCGCGGCUUGCGCAAGCGCAUGGCAGCGUCGCGGAGCGCGGCGCCGCCACUGCCGCCGCCGCUUCCGCGGCCGGCGGCGGAAAGCACUGGCGCUGGCCCGGGCACCCGCGCCGCGCUCCGCAACGUCGUCCGCAUCAUGCAGCGGAUCCUGAGCAAGGCCGGACUGCCUGUCCCGGUCGACCUCGCGAGUCUCGAGCCCGCAGGCUCCAUCGAAGCCGCGCUGUAUGCGCUCCGAACUGCGCUGCUCUCGCUGGAGACUCACGUGGUGGCCGGCGGCAAGCCGGCGCCUGCCGACGCCCGCGCCGCUAUCUCUACCGCCGACUCGCUUCUCGCCAUCUUUGGCCUUGGGAGCGAAGCCGAGGCCGAGGCCAACUCAUCUGGCUCGUCGGCAAGCUCGUCGGGGAGCUCCGCAAGCUCACUCAUGCUCGGAGACUCGCUCGACGAGCUCGACGAGCUUGACUGGGACGCGCCACCGCGCUCGUCGGGCCUUCCCACGCCGCUCCUGGACCUGGUGGCGAGUGAGCCGGCUACGCCGCCGGCGACGCGAUCGGCACGGGCAGCGGCCGUCCGCGCACCGGCGCACUACCGCUCACCGCUCUCGGCCAUCAACUCGCUCACUGACGAGCCGCUGCCGCUCUCGUUCGCCCGGUCAGCGGCCUCGGGCCUCUCGUCGCGCAACGCGACCAAGGUCACCGAGGUCGAUGCGCGGGCGACGCUGUCGGCGCUGGACCUCUCGGUCAUUCCGCGCGAGCGCUCGACGUCGCCGCCGCCGUCGGCGCGGAGGACGCUCGACGUCGGGCGCCGGGCGGCCGACAAGGAGAACGCCAUGUAG